UAAAACAAGAAAAAAAUGUGGUGAUUUGCAGGGAGGAGACUGGCUUCUCCGACGACGUCCGGAUUUUCGAUUCCGCGGUUUCAUGAAGCUUCAGCUGGAUUCGCGGAAAUCGGAAUCCGAAGUCUCCGGCAUACGUCUCCGGAAUCUCGCAGCAAAAACCCGGGAAUUUAAACCCUAGUUUUUUUAAAAAUUACUUUUUAAGAAGUAUAUUGAAUUUUCUGUUUGUACGAAAGGAAAUUGAUUCCGGAUGGGAACACCAGAAUUUCCAGAUCUAGGUAAACAUUGCUCCGUUGAAGAUUGUAAGCAGAUCGAUUUCCUGCCCUUCAUUUGCGAUCGCUGCCGCCAGGUUUAUUGCUUGGAGCACCGAAGUUACUUUAAGCAUAAUUGUCCAAAAGCUGAUAGAGGAGAUGUUACUGUUGUCAUUUGUCCACUUUGUGCGAAAGGAGUCCGCCUAAAUCCGGAUGAAGACCCUAACAUCACUUGGGAGGCACAUGUUAAUACCGAAUGUGAUCCUUCUAAUUAUGACAAGGUCACAAAGAAGAAAAAAUGCCCUGUUCCUGGCUGCAGGGAGGUUCUAACAUUCUCUAAUACAAUCAAGUGCAGGGACUGCACUUUAGAUCACUGUUUGAAGCAUCGGUUUGGACCUGACCACAAAUGCCCUGGACCUAAGAAACCUGAUGCGGGUUUUGCCUUCAUGUCUCUUCUAAGCAGGAGUAGGAAAGAAGAGUCAAAAACCUACCAAGCUCCUGCCACAUCUUCGUCUAAGUGGACUUCAACCUUUCUGAGUGCAGCGUCAACUGUUCGAGCAUCUGCUGAAGCAAGUAUGGCAAAAUUGAGUAGUGAAAUCAGCCAAAAAUUGCAGAUUGCAAGGGAUGGGGUUGUUCAGGGCAACAACAGCAACGGGAAUGGUGGAGCCGUGAAAAUGGAGACCUGUCCUCAAUGUGGUGCGAAGUUUUUGUCGGUUGCUGCUCUAGUUGACCAUGUUGAGAAAGUCCACGAAAGGAACAGCAAGCAAGGCAGAGCCAAGGUCACCAUUGAUGUUUGUCCCAAGUGCAGCAGAGGGUUUCGCGAUCCGGUGGCUCUUGUGGAGCAUGUUGAAAGGGAUCACGGCGGUACUUCAAUAGCUUGAAAAAGGUUUGUCUGUCUAACAUCUUUGUUGCAGACUCACUCCACCUCGAUUCUUGAUGUUUUCAACUGUAUGAUACAAACACUUAUUGCAGAAAAAUAAAAAAAAAAGAACCAGAAGAAAUCAUUCGUCAUGGCUCUUUUUAUUAAAUUCUUCAUCAAGGAAAAUUGAGUACGAGUCUUGACAAACCUCCUUGUGAAUUACACAGUUGCUUGAAUGAGACUUUCUUUUGGUAGAAAA